GUAGACGUACCAAACAACUGGUAUAUCUCCUUAUUGUUUGAUUGAAAUUUCGUACGGAAUAAAGUGACGGAAGUUUACGUUUUCAUACUAACCAUUCGCAGAACAGAUGCUACAAAUAUGAAUUGAAUAUCAGUCGUGUAAGAUUGUCAGUGUUCAUUAAAAAAUAAUAAUUGUCAAGUGUUUAAACAAUUCAAAGCUGCAAACUGUUUCGUCGAAGUAUUCGCACCAUACUUUCAAGGCUUUUUGAUAAAAUGUCUAACGUACCAACGGUCACUGAUGUUAAUAAUAGUGAAGUGCUGAAUGCAAUAAAUCAUUCAAAACCUUUGCGAUUAGAAGAUGUAAUAAUUUUAAAUAAUGAUAAUUGCAAAAUCAAGGACAGACAACGUGUUGAAAGAAUUCUCAAUGAGUUUAUAGAAGGAGGACAUGAGAGAUUGCAGAUAGUUUCAGAUUUUGACUUUACUAUUACAAAGCAACGAACAUCAAAUGGGGCGCCUAUUCCAAGCAGCUUUGGCCUUUUUGAGGAGUGUAAAUCUCUUCCGCCAAACUUUGUCAAAGCAGCCCGUGAGCUGCAUGAUACUUAUCGCCCUAUCGAAGUCAGCCCAUAUAUAUCGCGAGAAGAAAAAGUGAAAGCUAUGAUUGAAUGGUGGACCAAGUCAGGCCAGAUUUUGAUGGGCUUUACAUUUGACUUAAAGGAAAUCGAUGAAAUCGCUAAGAAAUAUGCCUAUUCUAUAAGAGAUAAUACUCAUGAACUCUUUGAAAGUCUGGACGCCCUCAAUAUCCCAGUACUUGUAUUCUCUGCCGGUUUGGGAAAUUGUGUUGUUGCAAUGCUGCGUCAAACUGGACUUUUAUAUCCCAAUUUGAAAGUUAUUUCAAAUUUUCUACAAUUUAAAGACGAUACCAUGUUGAAUGGUUUUAAAGAACCCAUAAUUCACACGUUUAAUAAAAACGAGACUAUGCUAGAAGGUACGGAUUACUACGAUUUGGUUCACAGUCGUGACCACAUUAUUCUCAUGGGGGAUUCUUUAGCUGAUUCUGGUAUGGCGGAUGGUGUUCCCGCAUCGUCUCAUGUACUAAAGAUUGGUUUUCUUUAUCACCACGCUAACGAAUACUUGGAGGAAUACAUGAACACGUUCGAUAUUGUCUUGGUAGAUGAUCAAACAAUGAAUGUACCUUUAAUGCUGCUGAAACUCAUCGAAGGAAAACCGCCUUCUAUUGACUAGUCGUUAAUAGUAAUAUAUGCAAUUAAACAAUCAAAAUGACUCAAAAUAUAAUACAUAAGGAAAUAUGUAUGGUGAAUGUUGAUUCAAUGUCCAAUUUACUCAAAUAAAAGCUUUAGUAAUUUUGAAA